ACUAAUGAGCUUCUUUUUGUUACAGAAAGCACAACCCCCCCUGCCUAAUCAUGAGUAUGACAGACGCUGAUGUUCAGAAGCAGAUCAAGCAUAUGAUGGCCUUCAUUGAACAGGAGGCAAAUGAGAAGGCAGAAGAAAUCGAUGCUAAGGCUGAGGAGGAGUUCAACAUUGAGAAAGGACGCCUUGUUCAACAACAGAGGCUGAAAAUUAUGGAAUACUAUGAGAGGAAGGAAAAACAGGUUGAACUUCAAAAGAAGAUUCAGUCAAGCAACAUGCUUAAUCAAGCCAGGCUCAAGAGUUUAAAAUCUCGUGACGAUCAUGUUGCAUCUGUUCUGGAUGAAGCUAAGUCUAAGCUGUCAGUAUACACCAAGGAUAAAGCAAAGUAUACAAAUAUCCUGCAGGCUCUGUUGACCCAGGGGCUCUGUCAGAUGCUGGAAACCCAGGUUUUCAUCCGAUGCCGUGAGGCUGACCAGCCGUUGGUGGAAGGUGUUAUACCUGCUGCACAGGCAGAAUACAAGUCUAAGGUUGGGAAGGAUUGCACUGUUCGUCUGGACACGGAGAAUUGGUUAAACAAGGAUUGUAUUGGUGGUCUGGAAAUCCUGGCGAUGAAGGGUAAGAUUAAAGUUGACAACACUCUGGAGGCAAGACUAGGAAUGAUUUCUGAGCAGAUUCUUCCCAGUAUUCGUGGAGCACUUUUCGGGCCAAACCCUAACAGGAAGUUUACCGAUUAAAUGAACAACGAUCUCUGCUGAAAUCUGUUUAACUUCCGCUUUACCCAAUGUUCUUUAUGCUUCAUAACUGAUUUGUGUAAUUGUGUUUUAUCAACGUCAUUUUUCUUGUUGCAUUUCAUCCCUGUAUUCUAGAUGGGUUCAAGAAUACAUUGUAUUUAUUUAAAUUUCUAGAUCUGGUGUCAAUAGGUUAGAUUUUAUUUAUUGCAUAUGUGAAUUAUUAUCAAUUGUCGAAAUAAAUGAUUUUAAUUAUU